UGUUGACCUUCCCAGAGUCUUGUCCAUAGCCAGUGCAUGUCUCAGCAAGCAGCGACUUCAAAGCCUUCGCUGCAGGGGGUCAGAAUAAAAGCAAGAAAGGGUGCUGUAAAGGCCCAGGCUAAACACGAACCAACUGUAUUCAGAGAUCAACUCUACAAAUACUUUGAAACUGUCAACCCUGGCGACUUCGACGCCUACACCACCAAGUUAAUCCAGGCUGGUUCGUCACUCGAGUUCCUCAAGUAUGCAGACGUGCUCUUCGAAAUCAUCCUUGUCGGCGGCUUGCUCCAACCCGGCGGAAGCUACGUCGACGAUGGCGCCCCAACCUCGCCAUUCACCAUCUUCAACGCCAGCGAGCCUGUUCAGACUGAAGAGAUAAAGCAAUACGUCGAGGUUCUCAACAAGCUCAUCCGAAGGUACAAAUACCUCCAAAAGCCUCUCGAAGAGUCGUCCUUGCCAGGACUUCUUCAAUACGUCAAUCGAUGGACAGAUGCUCAGAAGAACAAGCUGUGCAUCGCAGUCGGUUUGCUUAUCGCCACGGGCCUGGCUAACGCCUCGUGCCUGGCCAGCUUGACCAAGGACCAUCUCGUCAAGAAUGACGUAUCGAUCAGCGCCAUCACUCUCAUUUUCCGUGCAUAUCUGUCGGAGCAAUCGAUGGACCACCUGUCCGCGACUUUGAAGCGCGGCGGGAUCAAGGACCUCUCCGCCUUCUUCCCUCCCAACAAACGCGACAACAGGGUUUUGGAGGAACAUUUCAAGAAGGAGGGACUCCCUCAGGUUGCUGAGUGGUGGACCAAGAAGCAAUACGCUGCCAUCAAGGAAAGCAUUAUCAGGGAGCUCGCGGAAUUGGUCGAGCGCGGAGAGAGCCCAGAUGUCAUGGUCUCUUCCAUCAAGGCUCUUUUGGACGAGUCCCCAAUCCCAGACACCGAGGUCAUCGGGUGCAUCUGGCAAGGCCUCAUGUCCAGUGUCGACUGGAGCACGCGUGCCGAUCAGAACGAGGGUCUCGCUCUGCGCGAGGUUACCAAAUUCGCCCCGAUUUUGGAGGCCUUCACCUCUGGAGCUAAAGCUCAAAUCACCCUCAUCAACAUUGUUCAGGUUCACUGCUAUGAGGACACUCGCAUCAUGAAGGCCUUCCCUCAGAUCCUCAAGGUGCUCUACAACAAGGACGUUGUCUCUGACCAAGCCAUCAUUUACUGGCACCAGAAGGGCUCGAGGCCUCAGGGACGCCAGCACUUCUUGAAGGCUACCGAAGCUCUCGUCAAGUUCUUGCAAGAGCAAGAGGAAGAGAGCGAAGAAGAGGAGGACGAUUAAAUACCUUCCCUUGUCUGUCGUACACUAUCACCCACUCGUUUGCCUGGAGCAUUUCCCUUCCCUCGUUUUCUCUUCAUCUCAUGUACAGUAUCGACAUCGAAGGGCGCUUAGCCUUCUAGUUUCGGAUGGAUAAAUAUGGACUAAAU